AUGACAAGGACGAUACUGUCGGUUGUGUUGGCUGCUGGAGCAGUUCGGUUUCGGGAAAUUAACAAUGUUCGGGAACAUUUCAGUGCUGAUAAUUCACCGUCACGUUACGAAUAUGCUGUUUCACAAGAUUUUUCCAAAGAUUUUGGUGAUCCAUUUCAUGUGGUGGUGGCUAUGCAGGCUUCUGACGGUGGAUCAUUACUACGCCCACAACAUUUGGAAAAAGCUAUAGAAAUUGAAGAUUUCCUACAGUAUAAGUUGAACAUUACACACGAAGGUCGAAGCUAUGCGUAUUCGGAUUUUUGUGGUUCACACUGCGAUACCAGCGAUGCAGUCAGCAUAUUCCUGACCAUGUAUCGAGACGUUCACAUUCGAAAGAAAGCAAAUGUUAAACUGACUUAUCCGACACUGGAUAUAUUUGGACAUCGCAUCUAUUUAGCCAAUAACAUUUUUCAAGUUCAGCUGAAUAACAGAUCACAUUUAAUCGAAGGUUGUGGCUUAUUGGCAAUUAACUUUAUUGCCAUAAUAUCAAAUCAUUCACGUGAAGAGUUGAUGAAAAAAUGGGAACGUAAAGUAUUUGAGUAUUCAGAAUCAACAAUUGGCGAUCCACUAAUUCGUGUUUAUGCCACAUCUGAGGGACUUGUUAGUGAAGAAGUUCGAAGAACAGGUUUGAAAGCAAUGCCGUUGAUGAGUGUUUCGUUUGCUGUUAUUUUGCUCUUCACGGUACUGACAACACUGAAACGCGAUCCGGUCAAAGGCAAACCGUGGGAAGCAGCUUUGGGUGUAAUUUGUCCACUGAUGUCACUUGCCGCAUCCUUCGGAUUGCUAUUUUGGGCUGGAGUAGCGUUCCUUCCAAUAGUUUGUGUUGUACCAUUCCUUAUCUUGGCUAUUGGUGUAGAUGACGUUUUUAUCUUUAUGUAUUGUUACGACAGAACGGAUCCGUCUUUACCGGUAAAGGAAAAAAUCGCUCAUAUGCUGGCAGAGGCAGGCCCGUCAAUCACCAUUACGUCGCUGACAAACUUAUUCUCUUUUACAAUCAGUGCUUUCACACCAACUCCAGCAAUUCAAGUGUUCAGCACAUUCAUCAGUUUUGCUGUAAUUUUUGAUUACAUUUACCAAGUAUUCUUCUUUUCGGCAGUUCUGACACUAGGUGGGCUUCGCGAGGAAGCACGGCGUAACGCCUAUUGUCCAUGCAUAGUAGUGCCUGAAAGAGAACCAGAGCCAAAGAAGAAGGAAAAAAGCGCAUUGAAGAUAAUGGUUGAAAAGCUUGUUUACGUUUGGGUUGACGCAUCAAUGACUAACUGUGCUCGAGUUGGGCUGGCGAUUGUAUUAGUUGCCUAUUGGUUUGUGUCGUUCUAUGGGAUUGUGCAUAUCAAUGUUGGACUUUCUUCCGAAAAACUUUUCUUAGAAGAUUCACCGCUGCUUCCAUUUGUCAAAAUACAAACGAAUGUGAUUUUCAAAGAGGGAGGACAAGUUAUGGUGUUUGUCAACAAUCCUGGAGAUUUAACAAAACAAAAUACAGUGUUAGAAAUCAUGAAAAUGUUAAGUAAGUACGAACAUGCGACAGGAAGUGUCGGGCCCGAAAGUACACAUUUGUGGCUUUAUCCAUACCUUCCAUACGUUGGCACCCAGAAUCAUGGAGAAAUUGACUUCAAGUACAAGUAUUUGCCAGAAUUUUUGAAGCAACGAGAAUAUCAUCGAUGGAGAAAUUUCAUCAACAUGGGACCAGUUGGUGACUGUCUCAACGAGAAGCCGUCUUGCGUACAAAAAUUCGUCUUUUCCACCGGAUUUCGGAACGCUGUUGCUUGGGCAGACCGAUUGAAGGUUCUUCAAGAAUGGCGAAAUAUAGCUGCAGAAUUUUCAGAUCUGAAUGUUACUAUCUUUGAACCUUUUAGCAUGUAUUCUGAUCAGCUACUUACUAUAAUUCCGGUUACAAAAUCAACAGUAAUUUUUGCUUUCGUUUGUAUGGCAGUUGUACUUAUGCUUUUUACUCCAUGCCUAACAACAAUUAUUACUUCAACGCUCUCAAUUUUAUCCAUUAACUUGGGAGUAUUCGGUUCGUUAAGCUACUGGGAUAUUGACUUAGAUCCAAUUUCAACUGCAACAACAUUGAUGGCCAUUGGUUUUUCUGUUGAUUUUAUUGCUCACAUAACAUUCCAUUAUUAUAAGGGCGAAAUUCCAGAGAAACGUGAACGUCUUCAUCAUGCUUUAACAUCAAUAGCGUGGCCCAUGACUCAAGCGGGCCUCUCUACGAUAUUAAGUCUAUGUGUGCUGGCAGUUAUUCAGGCUUAUAUGGUCCAAGUGUUUGUAAAAGUGGUUGUUCUAGUCGUGUUACUUGGAUUAUGCCAUGGGCUGAUUGUGCUACCUAUUGUAUUCGGUGCUAUUCCAUUGACCAAAAAAAUCCCGCAGUCUUCAAGCAAGGUGCACGUGAUACAAGUAGAUCAAAUGAUUUAUGACAAGAAUGGAGUGGAUAAAAAAGAACCUGGUGCACCUAGAUAUCAGAAUUCAAGGGGUUAA